UGUUGACCGCGACUACGGGCGGUGCUCGCCGUGCUCUUAGGCCGAAAAUGAUUCAAGUGCAUGGGGAAAGUGUCAUAAAUGUGAAGUUUUCUGCUUUUUACGGGGUAUAAGUGUGUUGUUUUUGGAUGUAAUUAUGUUUAAACGGAUCGCUCCGAGAAACUACAAGUUCAUACCGUACUAUAUGAAAAAAAUUAACUAAAGAGCUGGCAACGAGCUUUUUUGCAAAUGGGACUACAAAUUACCUAGAAAGUGAAUGAUGGGCCAAUUUGUGCAGAGUAUCUUCGAGCAUCUUUACUGAAGAGUGGAAGAGUAUGAAGAGAACCAAUCAUAUUAUUAUUUAAAAUAAAUGAAUUGAGAAUAUCAAGUGAUGAAAAUAUUUCAUUAAAAUGAUAUUUUCUCUCAGUGAGCUAGUUCAUUGGCUGGGCCUUACAACUUUAGAAAUAUGGAUCAACUUAGUAUCUGUUACAAUGUUUUUAAUCUUACUAAUAUUGAAGGUGGACAAUCAUUAUUUUUCUGGCCAUCAAGACUGGUGGAUAGUUUUUUUGCCAUUAUUUGUUGCCGAUGGAUUAAACUCUUAUUUCUGUUCUAUUAUAUUCAUAAGAAUGUAUAUGGAAGGAAUGAUCAAAGAUGCUGUUCUAAGAGCGCUUUGGAGUUUGAUUCUGUUACUCCUAAUAUUUAUAUUUAAAUAUUUUUUGUGUCAAAAAUUAUCGGGUCAAGCUUCUUUGGAAUAUUCUGAAGUUUUAAGCCCUGUAUUUUUUCUGUUACAACUUAUUGCUAUUAGAGCCUGUCAGCUCCAUUAAAACGUAUAUAUGUAGGUGCAUGUGAGUGUUGUAACCCUAAAUUUCUAGAUUAACUGAUAUAUCAAUAAAAUUUUGAAAUUUUUAUUUUCAAUGCAUAUUGAUGAUUAUUAAUAGAAGUUAUUGUCGCAUGCAAGGAAGAAUAAGAUUCUGUUCAAUACAAAAAUUCGUUGAUUCAAACAUAAUCUGUGCUAAUUUAACGAUAUUAGAGAUAUUUGAAAAUCAAGGAUCUUCUUCUCACAUCACUUCUCUUUUCUGUAUUUGGUGGCAAAUAAAUAAUUUUUCUAUUUUUCUC